AUGACAAUAAAAUCCCUACUUCCUACUUCGAGUGAGUGUAGACGAUGCAAUGCAAAAUUGUUUCAUAGAGAAUCUCAAGAUAUGUGUUGCAAAUGUGGAAAGGUGACAAUUUCACAAGUGUCUGCUCCUGAUGAGUUGUUACAAUUAUUUUUAGACAGUUCUACUGAAGGCAGACAUUUUAGACAGCAUAUUAGAAGUUAUAACCAUGUCGACGAAAGUUUGGUUGCAACUGGUCAUGGUAUUUACACAUUUCGUGCUCAAGGCGCAAUUUAUCACAAAAUAGGAGGUUUUCAUCCGAAUCAAGGUUCAAGGCCACGUUACUUGCAGUUAUACAUUUAUGAUACCGAUCAUGAGCUUCAAAAUAGGAUGAGGGAAAACCCAAUACUUAACCAAGCCGUAGUGUAUAAAUUGCAAAAACUACUCCACCAAUGCAACCCGUUUGUCAUUGUGUUUAGGCAGCUUGCACUAGAGCCAAAUAUUGAAGAAUGUAGGUUACUCAUUAAAGAAUGUACGUCGAAUCAACCACAAUAUAGUCUCCAUUCAGCUUCCCAAGUUGCAAAAAUUGUUAUAGGCAGUGGUGAUGAGGAUACAAUAGAACGUGGAAGAGAUAUAAAUGUCAUCAAAUGUGAUGGAAAGCUAACAAAGGUUCAAGAAACAAUGGGGUAUUAUGAUCCUUUACAAUAUCCUAUAUUGUUACCGUUUGGAACAUAUGGUUGGGACAUAGAAACAAAAACUAAUGUUGGAAAAAAUGUUACAUACCGAGAGUACUACAAUUAUGUGCUUCAGAUUCGUCUAUGUGUAGACAAGUAUGUAAAGAUUGAAACAGGAAGGUUGAGAUGGAUCCGAAGAAAUCAAAAUAAUAUUCGGUCUGAGGUAUAUCAGGGGUUACAAGAUGCAUUGCGCGAUGGGGAGAAUAACGCAGAUAAUGUCGGACAAAGAACAAUACUGUCAUCGUCAUUUAUUAGGAACAAGCGAGAUAUGACACAGAGAUACCAAGAUGGUAUGGCCAUUGUUCUUAACAAUGGUAAACCAGACAUAUUCCUUACAAUGACAUGCAAUCCUUCUUGGAUUGAGAUAACUUCCGAACUAGGCCUCCAUCAAACUCCACAAGAUCGACUUGAUUUGUUAACAAGAAUUUUUCGAUCAAAAUUUGAGCAGUUGAAGGAUGAUGUCAUUAACAAAGGAGUCUUAGGGAGGGUUAAAACUUAUAUGUAUGUAACCGAAUUUCAGAAACGUGGACUACCACAUGUGCAUAUGCUACUCAUCUUGGAUACUGAUGAUAAGUUACGGGAACCUGAAGAGUAUGAUAGUGUGGUGAAAGCAGAAAUACCACGACAUGAAUCUGAACCAGAAUUGUAUGAAGCUGUGUUAAAACAGAUGAUCCACGGGCCAUGUGGAGUAUUGAAUCAAAGCUCUCCGUGUAUGAAGAAUGGUCAUUGUCCUGAUCGAGUUGCAAUAGAGGUUCACAGAGGCACAGGUAUGGAUGAGAUUCAACAAUAUGUUGAUGCAAGAUGGAUUUGUGCUCCAGAGGCAUUGUGGAAAAUAUUUAAAUUCACACUUUACAAGUUAUAUCCCUCUGUUGAAAGACUACAAAUUGACUUGUCAAAUCAUCAUCAAGUGUGGUUCUAUAAGCAUCAAAGAAUCACAGAUGUACUAAAUGAUAACCAAAAUGCAGUAACCAUGCUCACUGAGUUCUUUGCAUUAAACCAAAUGGAUCCACAUGCUAGGAAUUAUUUGUACAAAAAGAUUGCAAAGCAUUAUUGUUGGCUAAAAGGGGUCAAAAAAUGGCAGCGAAGACGGACAAAACGAAAAGUUAUUGGUCGAAUUUAUACAGUAUCUCCUUCAGAAGGUGAGAAAUUUUAUUUACGUGUUUUGUUGUCUCAUUUAAGAGGUCCAACAAGCUAG